CAGAAACCCGCAUAUUCGGCUUCACUCCCUCUCAUCUAGAUUGCAUGUUCAUUUACGGACUUCAUCAUGUCGGAGCUAUUAUACGCCAUCGAGUUGGUGCCCGACAAAAGAAACGAGUCCUUGCCUUCACCGCCACGGAACUCUAUUUCUGUGUCGGAUCCAGUGCGUGCUCUAGGAGACACAAAAUCUGUUUCGGGCAGCUCAAUACAAAUCCCAAUCGACUUGGAAGCUGGGGGUUUGAAAGAAGGGCGCAUUAUUGUCAUCAUCGCAGCCUUGACAGGCGUCAACUUUCUGGGUAGCUUGUGCAAUGGUUUCAUCACCAUCGGCCUACCUAGAAUAGCAUCAGACCUCUCUCUUUCAGAGCAUCUCAUAUUAUGGCCAUCUGCAGUUUACUAUCUGACGAGCAGUUCCUGCCUGCUCCUUGCCGGCUCCGUCGCCGACGUGAUUGGCAACAAACGUGUCAAUAUGCUUGGCUGCUUCCUUACCAGCACAUUCAUCCUCGCAUGCGGGCUCGCUCGGACAGGCAUUGAAUUGAUCAUGUUCCGCGCAAUGCAGGGUAUUGCAGUCUCGCUCUGUCUGCCUACUUCCGUUGCUAUUGUUGCGAAUGCCGCUCCAAGCGGCAGGAAACGCAACAUUGGCUUCUCGUGUCUAGGGUUUGUUCAGCCAAUCGGAUUCUCAUUGGGCAUGGUACUCGAAGGUGUUAUUCUGGACAGUGUAGGGUGGCGAUUCUCGUACUACCUUUGUGGAAGUCUUUCGCUGGCGCUUUUUGGGGUAAGUUUAUGGGCUUUGCCAAGAGAUGCUGUGAUUGAAGGAUCAACUUUGGCAAAGCUUAAGCAGGACAUCGACUGGGUUGGAGCAAUUGUAGUAUCGAUAUCUAUUGGGGUGUUCUCUUACAUCCUUGCCACACUCACCAGCUCCGUCUCAUACAUAUCCCGGCCCGCAAAUAUUGCUCUGCUGCUGAUCAGCGUUAUUUUUGUUCCUGUUUUCGUCACUUGGGAAGCCCGCCGUGAACGUCUACAUCUGCCGGCUCUGAUUCCAAACUCCCUCUGGAGAAACACAGUCUUUACCAGCGUUUGCCUCACGGUGUUGUUUUCUAAUGCUGUUGCGAACGCAAUGGAAGUUUUCUGCUCGCUUUUCUUUCAAGAAAUCCAGCACACGUCUGCCCUCGGAGCUUCGAUACGCAUCUUACCUUCUCUCCUGGUGGGAUUCCUCAUUCAGCUCACAACCGGCCUCCUCAUCCACCGAACUAGCCCGUACCUCCUCGUCCUUGUCGCUCUUCUUCUCAGCUCCGGCGCUCCACUUCUCAUGGCCGUCGUCUCGUCGCAUUGGCCAUAUUGGUAUGCCGCCUUCCCAGCACAGUUGCUCUCGCCUUUGUCAUGUGACAUUAUGUUCACCAUCGGCCUGCUCGCUGUUUCGGAGGAAUUCCCAUCCCACACGCAAGCACUUGCCGGUGCAGUGUUCAAUACCGUGGCGCAGUUUGGCACUAGCCUUGGACUGACGUUGAUCGCGGUCGUUGCCGCAUGCGUGACGAAGAAGGAGGGAGAUCGAGGGAUGAGGAGAGAAGAGGAACUGUUGGCGGGGUAUCGAGCCGGGUUUUGGACGGCGUUUGCGUCAAUGGGACUUGCUUGCAUUAUUGGGGCUUUCGGUUUGAGGAAGAUGGGAAAUGUUGGGGUGAAGAGGGAUUGAGCGAUCCAAAGGGCUUUGAUUGCGAUUGCGAAGACGUACUCUAAGGUGACAGGGAAGCUUCAAGGCUUCCAAAAUUUGCAAAACUCGCGCCAGAAUUGUUUUAAAUAUUGUGAGGGAGUUCUUAGAGCUUAAGCCAUUUGGCGUUGAAUAUUCUACAAAUGUUUGAAAACUGGAUGGCUUCAGCUUAGGGCAGUGGAUCCACUUAUACAUAGUUAGCCGGCCAUCUCGCAAAGCCUUGUGAAUCACCG